UUUUUCAUUAUUAGGAAAAAUGACGGAAGAAAGGCAACGGAGCAUGGCGGUUCUGCCAUGGAUGCGAGACCCCAUUGACGUGACUCUCUGUGAAGAACUCCCUCUCCAUUCCGUCCCUCUUCUCCACCCGACGUUGCAGCUCGCACUACAGAACAUGGGAAUCUCCAAGCUCUUCCCCGUUCAGGUCGCCGUUUGGCAAGAGACCGUUGGACCGGGCAACUUCCGCCGUGACAUUUGCGUCAACUCACCCACCGGAAGCGGCAAAACCUUGGCCUACGCGCUCCCUAUCGUGCAAAUGCUAUCCACGCGCGUAGUUAAGUGCCUCCGUGCCUUGGUUGUGGUUCCCACCCGCGACCUCGCUUUGCAGGUUAAACAAGUCUUCGACGCCGUUGCGUCUCCGUUAGGCUUGCACGUUGGUUUGGCCGUUGGUCAAUCUUCCGUCGCCGACGAGAUUUCUAGCCUCGUCUACGUGCCUGGACACGAUCCUGGCACGUGCUUUGAUCCGCCCGAUGCUUUGCUUCGGUUCCAAAGCAAGGUGGACAUAUUGGUGGCAACCCCUGGAAGACUCAUGGAUCACAUCAAUAGCACUAAAGGUUUCACACUUGAACAUCUUUAUUAUCUUGUGGUUGAUGAAACGGAUCGAUUGCUCCGGGAGGCUUAUCAGUCCUGGCUGCCUACUGUGCUGGAAUUGACUCAAUUUAGUGAUGAUGUUUUUCGACCAGCGGAUUCUUUGUCCCCUUUCUCUCUUGGUGGUGCAUUAAGAACCAGAAGAAGAUGUGGAGUAGAGAGGGGGUUCAAGGAUAAUCCUUACCCUAGGCUGGCAAAGAUGGUUCUAUCUGCGACAUUAACUCAGGACCCAGGCAGGCUUGUUCAGCUUAAUUUGCAUCACCCUUUAUUCCUGAGAGCUGGGAAAAUGCGAUAUCGACUCCCAGAAAAUUUAGAAUCUUACAAACUGAUUUGUGAAAGAAAGGUCAAACCCUUGUAUUUGGUUGCCCUUUUGAAAUCCCUGGGAGAAGAAAAAUGCAUAGUUUUUACAAAAUCUGUGGACUCAACACAUCGGCUCUGCAAAUUACUAAAAUGUUUUGGAGAUCUGCAAAUUGAUAUAAAGGAGUAUUCUGGUCUUCAACAUCAACGUGUAAGAAGUAAGACAUUGAAUGAAUUUCGUCAAGGGGAUUUUCAAGUGCUUGUAUCUUCUGAUGCAAUGACUCGUGGAAUGGACGUUGAAGGGGUAAGAAAUGUUAUUAAUUAUGACAUGCCCAAAUACAUAAAGACUUAUGUUCAUCGGGCAGGUAGAACUGCAAGAGCUGGCCAGACUGGGCGUUGCUUCACAAUGAUGGCAGAAGAUGAGGUUCGACGAUUUAAAAAGUUGAUGCAAAAGGCUGAGGCUAGGUCUUGUCUUGAGCACUCUGUUCCAUCCAGUUUGAUUGAAGAACUUCAUACUACCUACCAAUCAGCACUGGCAAAAUUUAAGGAGAUAAUUUUGGAGACACGAAAGAAACCUAAGGAUUAGUCUUCUCAAUCAAUCAAAGAGUGAAAGAUGAAAAACAUUCACUGGAAUAGCGGCUCAUUUAUGGAAUCCACACAAGGGAAUCGCUUGUGAACUUUUCACACAUCAAAGUUAUCCCUGGAAAGAUUCAACUAACCAUGCAAGUUGUACAGUGGAAAUAACAGGCUGAAGCACGGUCUUAAGGGCUUGAACUGUAAUUUUGGGGACAUAUUCCUUGGUGGUGUUUGUUUUCUCCUAUUUCUUGGGGCCUUGUACUAUCUGAUUCUUUCAUUGACGGGGCAGAUGUAUGAGAU